GUCAGACCAACGCCGCCCCGGCUGCGAGCGAGCGAGUGAGUGAGUGGAGCCGGGGUCGAGAGGGUGGGGAGGCUCGGAGUUGCGACCGACCGCCCGGCGGCAGGUGGGUGAGUGAUUAUGAGAAAAUGAGUGUGGGACGUAAACGGACAAAGCUGGUGGGGGUUAUGCUGAUGGUCAACUUCUUCAUUUACAUCGUGGUGGAGAUUUCAUGGAGCGAUCAGGAAGAUAAGAACUCGACUAAAAAGCUCAUCAUUGCAGACGAUGGAUUUUGGAAAUCUGUGGUUCCGAUUAAACCGUACUGGAAUCGUGAACAGCACCGACUAGAUGAGUUGUACAACCCUGUGACUGCAGCCCUGCACAAUAGAACCGUGAUGGGGAACAUAAACAUCACCAGCAUGUACACCUGUGAACCUAAUUCACGUAUAAAGGAGGAGAUAAACAACUUUGAUAGUCUUCCCGACCGCUUCAAGGAUUUCCUCACCUACUUGCGAUGUAGGAGUUACCCUUUGAUCAUUGACCAACCGGCCAAAUGCCAGAAUAACCCUGUGCUUCUCCUGGCUAUAAAGUCACUGGAGUCCCACUUUGACAGGCGGCAGGCGAUCCGCCAGUCGUGGGGCAAUGAGACCACAAUCAGAAACAAGACCAUUGCUCGGAUAUUUUUACUGGGCAAGUCGUCUCAGGCAGAUGACUUUCCCGACUUAUCCGAGAUGCUUCAGUUCGAGAGUAACCAGCACAAAGACAUUCUCCUGUGGGAUUACCGAGACACCUUCUUUAAUCUAACACUAAAGGAAGUGUUGUUUUUAGAGUGGAUCAGCAAAUCAUGCCACAAUAUUCAAUACAUUUUUAAAGGAGAUGAUGAUGUCUUUGUAAACACGAUGCAAAUACUUGAAUAUUUAGAUACUUUGGAUAAGAAUAAAGCUAAAGAUCUGUUUAUUGGUGAUGUUAUUACAAAUGCAGGGCCUCAUCGAGAGAAGAAACUGAAGUAUUAUGUUCCUGAGAGCAUGUUUGAGGGUGUGUACCCACCGUAUGCAGGUGGUGGUGGCUUCCUCUACUCUGGAUACUUGGCAAAGAGACUUCAUAACAUCUCAUACCAGGUUGCACUAUAUCCAAUUGAUGAUGUGUACACUGGAAUGUGCCUUAGAAAACUUGGCCUUGCUCCAGUGAAACACAAGGGUUUCAGGACUUUUGAUAUUUUGCAAAAAGAUAGACAAGUUACGUGUGCAUAUAAAAACUUGAUAUUAGUCCACAGCAGGAAUCCUCAAGAAAUGAUAAGGAUCUGGAACAGGCUGCAAGAUCCUCAGUUGAAAUGUUAGUCUCAGAUUCCACUGAAGGAAAUGUUUGUGAUAUUUGAUACCAGUUUCUAUUGGAUGCAGAAUGUUUUCUGAUUUUGCAUAGUUGAUCACUUAAUGAUAUCAAGUGCGAAUAAACUGUGCAAAAUCUGUUUGAAGGAGGCUCCAAGGAUACCGCAUCAUGGAGAGACAUCGUGGGCCAAAGGAGUGUACGUUUGACCCUAAACGCCACGUCUCACUGAAUUACAGAACAAUUUCACCGACUCCAAAUGUCCAGCGUUGUCUCCAACACAGCAUCCUCGGCCAAGGAUUCUUCCUAUUCUCUAUCAGAAGGAAUCCCAGGAGAUGGUGUUUGUUCAGUGCAUCAAGCCAAAUCAAAGCUGUGGCACAAAGAGAUGAUGAGAGUGUUGCACUGGGCAGAUGUAGCCAUGAGCAGAAUAAUGUCUCUAAAUUGUGUGCAAACAGACCAUGUUAGAGAUUCACUGUCAGUUAUAUUUCAUUAUGUGCUGUACAUCAGGAAGGGGAAUGGUUCAUGUCUUCAAAGAAGAAUGUCAAUGUAUUUUGUUUAAUAAAUAUAAUUUCUGAAUAGAAAGUCAAUGCUAUUUAAAUGUUUGUGUGGGUGGCAAAAAAAAAUCCAUAAAUUUUCUACAAAUGUUGGAUUAGCAGGAGAUUAUUGCCAGUCUAUUAAAGUUUGCUGGACAUUCUCCAUAAUAUGUAAGCAUGUGUGCUUCCUGUGUUUAUGUGGAUAAGUGCCUGCCAUUUUAUUUAUUCAGAUCGAAGACCAAAUUGUUUUUAAAAUGAAAAAUAUAUUGUGUAUUAUUUUGUCUGUAAAACCUGUUACGUGUGACUUGUCUCUAAAUAAACAGUUAAUAUAA